AUUUUGAAACAUUAAUAAUUACAAAUAUAUGUUAUUCAACAUAAUAUAAACUCUUUAUUUAUUUUUCUUAGUCGGAACAGAUAUUUUAAAAGGAAAUAUUUUAAUAUUUUUUAGAUUUUAACAUGAUUAUUUUGUUUUGUAAGAUUUAUAUAAAUCAUUUGAAGUUAGUCAAGUAUUUCCCACACAAUUACAUGUCAUUCAUAAAAGCACCCUAGAUACGAAACUAACCUCUAACAGCGAGCUUUAAGCAGCUUUAAGCGUCAAUAAAAGAAGCAUACCAUGUAAAAUUCUUUUUCUAAAAAUCGUUUACCUUGAAUAUUAUCAUUUAUAGGAACGCUGAAACAAUUUAGGUUUAAAAUUAAGUGAAGAAUGUUUUAAUGUAAUCAUUCCACAAUGUCUCUAUAUGACGAUUUUGAUAAACAUAGAACGUCGGAAAAAGUAGCUGGAUGGUCGUCCAGCAUUAAAUUAUUACAAUCUCAAUUACAAUUAAAGAAAGCCGCCACUACACAGCCAAAACGGGAACAGUAUAGAAAAGCCACAGCAGUAUUAGCGCCUGUAAUAGAUUUGAAAUCAAAAGCUAAUCGAAAUACAGACAGAGACGAUGAUGGACUGCAUAGCAAUCCACUUUCCUGUGGUACUGUUAGCAGUAUUGGGGUUGGUGGUGAAUUUGAUUGGAAUGUAGUAAACGAAUAUGAUCCUAUGUGGCCUAAUGAGUAUGACAAAGUUGUCAAAGAACUCAGAGAUUUACGUGAUAGGGAACAUGAUCAAGAAACUGAAAUGCGUAAACGUAGAAGGGAUAAUUCACGUUUUGAAGACACUCAGGCUUCAUCUGGAAAUAAUACAAUGAUCCCACCUGAAAGGGACGAAGAAAGAACCCCAACAUCAAGGGGUAUUGCUGGUGGAGCAGCCAUAGCUCCACCACCUUCUUUACAAGAAUCUUCUGAUCUUCCACCUCCAGCACCAAGACCACCAACUAGCAUGGGAUAUGCAACAUCGUCUGUAGCAGCAAAAAUAAUGGCCAAAUAUGGUUUCAAAGAAGGGCAAGGACUUGGUAAAAAAGAGCAAGGAAUGUCUGUUGCUUUACAAGUUGAAAAAACUAGCAAACGAGGUGGAAGAAUUGUUGGGGAGAGAGAACAACUUAUGCCACCACCACCACCUGUUGCUGUUUCUCCACCUCCAGCACAAUCACAAACUCUUCCGACGCAACCUUCUGAAGAACCUAGCAUUACAGAAAUAAUGAAAUGUCCCAGUAAGGUUGUGUUAUUGCGCAACAUGGUUGGCCCUGGGGAAGUAGAUGAUGACCUUGAACCUGAAGUUAAAGACGAAUGUAACACAAAAUACGGCGAUGUUGCACGUGUUAUUAUUCAUGAAGUAACCGAAGCAGCCCCGGAAGAAGCUGUUAGAAUUUUUGUAGAAUUUAAAAGAAUAGAAAGUGCUAUUAAGGCUGUUGUUGAUUUAAAUGGACGCUUUUUUGGUGGAAGACAAGUUAAAGCAGGUUUUUAUUCCAGUGAAAAACUUGAUAGUCUACAGUUGAUGGACUAAUUUUUUUCUUUAAUAAUUUGCUUUAAUAAAUACAACAAAAAAAUCUAGAUGAAGGUAAAAUAUGUUGACUGUUAUGUAUAAAAUGACACAACAUAUAAUUUUAUCAAACGAUUGUAUUUUAUUUAAUUAUAUAAUAAAAGCUUUAAUAAUCUCAUAA